AUAAUAAUCACGACGAGAAAUCGAUGAGGGAUACUCAAAUCAAGCAGGCUGCUGGAAAAGUAGUCCCAAUUUAAAACUUGGAUUUAAAUAAUUUUUUAGGGACAUAUACCUUAUUUAUCAAAGUUUACUAUUGUUACAUUAAUUUAGAGAUAUAAGGAGCUACUACCCUUUGUAAAUUACGUAAGAAUAGGCGAAACCGGAAAAGAGAUUUGCAGAUUCUAACAUCAUCAGAAAGAAGAUUCGUCUGCCAAAAAUCACAAUCUACCAUGGCCGAUCAGCUUACUGAAGAACAAAUUGCAGAGUUUAAGGAAGCUUUUAGCUUGUUUGAUAAAGAUGGUGAUGGAACCAUUACCACAAAAGAACUUGGUACAGUUAUGAGGUCAUUGGGACAGAAUCCAACAGAAGCUGAACUCCAAGAUAUGAUCAAUGAAGUGGAUGCUGAUGGUAAUGGAACAAUAGACUUUCCAGAGUUUUUGACUAUGAUGGCUAGAAAAAUGAAGGACACAGACAGUGAAGAAGAAAUCAGGGAAGCAUUCCGUGUUUUUGACAAAGAUGGCAAUGGUUUCAUUAGUGCAGCAGAGUUGAGACAUGUAAUGACAAACUUAGGGGAAAAAUUAACAGAUGAAGAAGUGGAUGAAAUGAUUCGUGAAGCUGAUAUUGAUGGUGAUGGACAAGUUAAUUAUGAAGAGUUUGUGACGAUGAUGACCUCAAAGUAACCGAUGGAAGGAUUUGUUACCAUUCUUCAUUUUUCAUAGCUUCCAUUCAUUAUUACCAGCAUUGUGGUACCCUGUGCACUUCAAUUCUAGUCAUUUUUCAAUUUUUUGUAUAAGGUUGUAGGACAUGUUCUUGUAUUUAAAAUCUGACUGAUUUGGAAAAAAGGAAAAUGAAUGCAAGGAAUAAAAUAUAUAAAUGUCAAGUGUUGCAGCAUUAAAAAUUGUGUUCAUGUUGAAAUUCACUGAUAAUAUAUAAGGAAAUUUCCUUGAGGAAUUUUAUAUUGUAUGACAACAGAAAUGAUUUUUGGGGAGGGUGGAAAUUAUUUUACAAGUACUUGUUAAUAGCUGUCUAGAAAAAUGAUGGCUUGUACUAUUUAUUUGUUUCUUAAUAUCUGUCACAGUGUUGUUACCAAACAGGUGGAUGUAUAUUUUUUUUUCUUAAAAAUUGAGCUGUAUUUAUUCUGUAAAUCAUGAAUGUAUAAAAAAAAAAAAGACAAAAGUAAAAGAAAAGGACACUUG